AGCGCGAUAGACAGCAUGGCGGAGCAGGUUUCCAGUGAAGUUUCUGCGAAAAGCUCGGCGACUCUCAAACAAGGAAGCGAUGAAUUCGAAAACUCAGCAAAGUCCUCGUCCAAAUCAUCCAGAACGAUGACGUCAUCAGCAGAUUCGUCAAGGGCGCAAUCGAGGGAAUCGGCCUCGACGGGUUCGAGCCACGACAACAAAAAAAUCGGAGCAACUCCACCGGGCGACGGUCUUGUCCAGUGCGCGGCGUGCCAGGGUACGUUUCCUUUCUCCAAGAGGGGGCCUACAAUGCACUCGGUGAACCCACAGGACCUUGCUACCCCUUGUGAAAAAGUAGGCCCGGUCUACUUCAGUUGUCGAGGUGGACAUAAACAAUCUUCGACUCGGAAGAGCGAAAGCAGGACUGUUCGGUUAGUUACGAACGAAGCAGCUAUUCUGGAAGUGGUAAAAAUGGCAGACGAAAUCCCCAUGUUUCCCAAAGCCACAUCGAUGUUUGUCCACAGUGGAAACAUCAUCAAUUGGAACAGACUCAAAAGAAAGCCAAACCUAACUCCUACUGAUGAGCUUUGUGACUGCAUCAACAAAGCCCUUGGCGAUUACCUUGAGUCUGCAGACAAAACACAACUACAGUAUGUUACAGAAAUAUACAAAGUCAACACAGAAAACGUCGACGUCUUAGAUGAAAAUGAAAGAGAUGACGUGAAAGUAACAGUAAAAGUCUUCAUCUGCCUUCCGCAAUCACCAAGUGUGAUUGGAGAAGCUAUAAGUAAAGUGCUGAAUGAACUUGGCACAAGCUAUGUGGAGACACUGUUGUUGGCCAUCUCACCACUCACUGGAGAGGAUGAAGAUUCAGAACAGCCUCUCAGCCUGGAAAUCAUUCAGCCCUACUGGGAGGCAAUGGAGGAACUGGUGUCUGCCAACAAAGCUUUUACUUUGGGAGUCUGUGAUUUGAGCAAAGAUGUCCUUGAGGACUUGUACACCUGGGCUAAGGUGAAGCCUUGUAUUAACCAAGUGAACCUGGAGUCGUGUUGUGUCAUGCCCAAAGAUCUGACCGAGUAUGCUAAAGCCAUCAACAUUCAGUUGUUGACCCACAAUGACAGCCCCGUGUUCAUCAACAAAGAGCGGCUUCAAGAGACCAUCCAGCAAGUGUCUACGGAGCGUGACAGUGAUGCUUGGUCGCCGCAGUGGGCUGUCCGCUACUCGGGAAUCAUCAAGUGCCGCGGCAUCAUCAAGUUGAAAGGCUACGUUUUCCACGCCCUCAGAGACAACAAGAAGCGGAUAUUGUGAAGACCACACUUUUCUUUGGACCAAGAAUAAUUAUAAAAGCUCAGAUGUAGAAUUUAGUUUCAUUCUGUGCACUCUGUUGAACUGGAUAUAUUAUGUAUUAAUGCUCUCUAAAAGCUGUCUAGAGAUUUGUGCAUACAUCUGCUCAAUUGUGUUUACGGUUCUCUCUGUUUUUUCCAAUAUGAAGAUGGAAGUAAUAAGUUUCCAUUAUAGAUUAAUAUAGAGGACCUGGUAUUCUGCUUUUUUUUGGUGGAAAUUUAUAUAUGAAAAUGAAAAUUUUGUUCUAAUCAUUUGUGUGGAAUUGGGUUUCCACUUGCCCCUCAGCCUUGUGCUGGAAGGACGUACUUUUGGGACAACCUUAAGUCGAUUCAUAUUUUUAAGAGAGAGUGCAGUUUAUUGUUCAGUGAACCAAGAGCUUCCAUUUUUCGGAUGUAUGAAAAGAGAAAAGAUGAUCAGAGUUGAAGCUAUAGUCUCACUAUGUCCCAAGAUCUGUGCUUGACCUGUGAUACCUCUUACCUGUGAAUGUCUUGUCACUUUUGGUAUCUUUGUAGUUUUUGUUUUCUUUUAGCAUGGCUGCAAAUGUUAAUAGAAUGUAAGCCAUAUUUCCAUGCCAUGCCAUCGUGUUAGCUUUUAUGAACAGACUGUUGUUUCUUCAUAGAUAUAAGUCAGUAAUGAUAAUUCAUGAGCAUUGACUCAGAAAUGUUUCUAGCAGUGUUCUGCAGGCGAAGCCUUAAUUGACAAAUUACAAACUUUUGUCUUGUAGUUUUCCAUGCGGCUAAGACUGACUAGUCUUAAAAUCAAAUAAUUCCUGCAACUCCUGAAAGACACAAAGAAACCAAUUUGUCAAAUUCUUUUUAAAGAACUGACAAUUUGUGCUUCAUUUUUGCUGAAUGUCAGUAUAACACGGAUAGCUUGAAUUGGCCGGUACCGGCCUCAGUAGUUUGGGGGACCCGUAGUUCGAGGGAUACAUCUUACGAAGAUAAAGAAGAGAA